CAGCGGGGGUGGGGAUCGGUUCGGGGGAGGCCUGGGGCCGCUCGCUAGUGCGCUGUCUCCGCCACCCCCCCUUUCGCCGCCGCCGCCGCCGCCGCCGCCGCCGCCGCCGCCCCGGGCAUGUCGUCCAACUGCACCAGCACCACGGCGGUGGCGGUGGCGCCGCUCAGCGCCAGCAAAACCAAGACCAAGAAGAAGCAUUUCGUGUGCCAGAAAGUGAAGCUAUUCCGGGCCAGCGAGCCGAUCCUCAGCGUUCUGAUGUGGGGGGUGAACCACACGAUCAAUGAGCUGAGCAAUGUCCCUGUCCCUGUCAUGCUAAUGCCAGACGACUUCAAAGCUUACAGCAAGAUCAAGGUGGACAAUCAUCUCUUCAAUAAGGAAAACCUCCCCAGCCGCUUCAAGUUCAAGGAGUACUGCCCUAUGGUGUUCCGAAACCUCAGGGAGAGGUUUGGGAUUGAUGACCAGGAUUACCAGAACUCAGUGACACGCAGUGCCCCCAUCAACAGUGACAGCCAAGGCAGGUGUGGCACCCGUUUCCUCACCACCUAUGACCGGCGUUUUGUCAUCAAGACGGUGUCGAGUGAGGACGUGGCCGAGAUGCACAACAUCUUAAAGAAAUACCACCAGUUCAUAGUGGAGUGUCAUGGCAACACCCUCCUGCCGCAGUUCCUGGGCAUGUACCGCUUGACUGUGGACGGCGUGGAGACCUACAUGGUGGUCACCAGGAAUGUGUUCAGUCAUCGGCUCACUGUACAUCGCAAAUACGACCUCAAGGGUUCUACUGUUGCCCGAGAAGCCAGCGACAAGGAAAAGGCCAAGGAUUUGCCAACAUUCAAAGAUAAUGACUUCCUCAAUGAAGGGCAGAAGCUGCAUGUGGGAGAAGAGAGUAAGAAGAACUUCCUGGAAAAACUGAGGCGAGACGUUGAGUUCCUCGCCCAGCUAAAGAUCAUGGACUACAGUCUACUGGUGGGCAUCCACGAUGUAGACCGGGCAGAGCAGGAGGAGAUGGAGGUGGAAGAGCGGGCAGAGGAUGAGGAAUGCGAGAACGACGGGGUGGGCGUGGGCGGUAGCCUUCUCUGCUCCUACGGCACGCCUCCAGAUAGCCCCGGCAACCUCCUCAGCUUCCCCCGGUUCUUUGGACCAGGCGAGUUCGACCCCUCUGUCGACGUCUAUGCCAUGAAAAGCCAUGAAAGUGCCCCAAAGAAGGAGGUCUAUUUCAUGGCCAUCAUCGAUAUCCUCACACCGUAUGAUGCUAAGAAGAAAGCUGCACAUGCUGCCAAAACAGUGAAGCACGGGGCAGGGGCUGAAAUAUCCACUGUGAACCCGGAGCAGUACUCGAAACGCUUCAAUGAGUUCAUGUCCAACAUCCUGACGUAGUCAUCUCUACCUUCUGCCAGGGCCAGACUGCUGGACAAGGGGUCGGGAGAGGGAAAGGGUGUGUUUGGGCUAAAGAGGGUAGGGAGCAGAGGGGGGUCAGGAGGGCUUUAGUAGAGGGGCUCAGCCUGUGACACAGGACACAGAGCAGCGCUACAGGGAGACAUGCUGUUUGUGCGUGUGCCCAUAGGAUGUAGCCUUCCUUCCUGCCCGCCCUUGAUAGGCCCCUCCGGGGUUCCCUCUUUGGUAUCUUGUAACCUUUGUGAUACCUUGGGGCUAGAGGUGACUUGGUGGGUUUAUUUGGGUUUGUCUCUGAAAAUCAACGCUCCGGGUUUGCUAUUUAUACUGCUCCACGUUAUCACCCUAGCCGCCCUCCCUGUCCUGUCCGGCUCUCGGUUCCCUUCAGUUAAGACUGGCACAGGGGCCAUGAGCAGCAAGUGCGCUGACCCCGCGAGAGGAGGCCAGAUGUCUCUGGCAGCCAUGUUUUGGUAUCUCCUAGACGGACUUUUGAAUUUCCUGGAGUAUUGUGCAUAGUUUCCCUCCGUGUUUCCACCUUGGGUUCAGGUGAAAUGUCGCAUCCACUUCUCCAUGCUGCCUUCGCGGAAGAACAUUGCAGGCUGACCCCAGCAUCUUGGACCAGAGUCAGAGGCCUCAGGGGGGAACAGGUUCAUCUUCAUGAGAUGGUGAGUGCCCGGAAAGCAGCUGGGCCCUCAGACAGCUGGUUCUCAAAGAACCUGGUGUUCACCAACCCAGCCAUCUGCGCCUCCGACCUGGAACUUUGAUGUCUGUCAAGCCUGCUUCCCACCGGCUCAAGGGGAACUAGAGAGCAUCUUCACAUUAUCAGGACCCCUGUGUUUCAAUGGCUGUUUCUUUUUGGAUAAAAAUCCCAGAAACUAAUACAGGGUCGUGUGCAUCAUCCACAUCCUAACUCCUGACCUCUGCGUGUAGUCACCUGUAACUGGCCUUGGUCAGCGGCAGAGCCCUAAGUACCUGGGUGCUCCCUGCAGAGACACCACUCCGAGCCCCGGCCUACUGUGUAGGUGUCUGGCCCUCCCCCGUGCCUGUGAUUUCUCUACCUGGACAGCUUCAGCCAGCAAGGUGCUCCACCUGAGCUUGCCUGAGUCAUUUGAGGAUGUGACCCAGGAAAGCCUAUUUGGAGGCCAGAUGUGGGGUUUGACCCAUCCCCAGCCUCAGGGCUGAUUUUCCUUGUUGCCCCUCACCCUUUCUGAACUUGGGGUCUGCCUAAAGGCCUCCUUGGGAAAGAGCGACGCACCCUGCAGCCUCCUUCGGGAUUCCGGCCCAGGGCCUCAGAAGGGAGCUACACAAGUCAUUCUAAUUCCACCAGAGCAACUGGUGGCCAGGAAGGAAAAUGGCCCUGUUGGGCUGCACUGGGAGAGGUACAUUCCUGCCUCCUCCCAACCCUCAGAAGGAAUCAGGAAUUUAGGAUGAGAUGGAAAAUGUGUAGAUAACCCCAAAGAUGUGAAGCGGGUUUGUGGAACUAUCUCGGGUGAAUAGUUGACUUCCUGUGACUGCCCCCCAAACUAGCCGAGCUCAGCUUUGGAGAGCAGGAGCCACUGUGCGGUGUCCUCCCAACCCAGCGCUAAAGGAAGCAGUCUUGGGCUUCUUUCCUAGGGUGUCACAUUGGGUCGAAGGCCUGGUGAGGCAGGUGGGAGCCACACUUCUUCCCAAGAAGAGUAUAGAUAAGGUUCUGGGGAGCAGAGCCACAAGGGUCUUAGGGAAGUACUCAGAACCAUUGGUUCAAGGAGAAAUGUUUUAAUUUAGGAGAAGGUUAUAUAGGAAUAAUGUCUGGAUGUGAUUUCCUACCUAACAAUCAAGGGUGAAAAAUCCGGAUCCGCUCCAGUAGCCCCAAGCUUGGAAGGUGAGGUUCCUGGCUGAUCCUGUUGUCAUGCGUAUGAAAAGUGUAACAAUCUUAUCAUGCAACUAUCAGAUCUAACUUGUUUAACAUUGAGUUUGUGGGGAUUUGUUUUUUGUGGGUUUUUUUUUUGUAUAUUGUUUACAAUUUUGAGAGGUAGCAUUCUGUUUCAAAUGCUCUUUGUUUUCCUGACAGUAUUGUUGAGUGGGUCAAAAUAUUUGAGCUGUGGUUUGGUGGACUUUAUUUACAUUGUUUUUUUUAAAAGGUCAUUCUCUGUGCUGUCUCCAAAACCUCUGAUUGCUUUGGCAUUCAUAUGUUUAAAAGCUAUUUAUCUUGGUUCAUACAAGUUUUCUUCCUCUUUGUGACAAAGAUGUGCUAUUUGACUUCAAUCUCAAAGUGAUAUCUCUCUCUCUCUCUCUCUCUCUCUCGCACACACACACACACACACACACACACACACACACACACACACACACCUGCGCCCUCCUCUGAGAUCCCACCAUUCACUUUCUGGACAUCAAGCAAGAGCCAGGAAGAACGGCCCAACCAUCUUAUGGCAUCCAGAAUCAUUUUGGGUCUUCCAGGAGUAGAACUUUAAGAGUAAAGACCCAGACAGUUGGGUGAGGCCUGAGUGCAGAAAGGGGACGGAAUCCUAUCUCAUCAGGCCACUUACCGUGUAGUGUCCAGUUACAACUUCUCUGGUCCCCGCCCCUCUAGUGGAGAGUGAAGCGGAGAAAGUACGCGUCACGUCCAGCUGACGUGAGGGUACUGUGAAGACGCUAACAGACUAAAUGGCCUCAGGCUGUGUUCCCAGUGGAAGGAGCGAGGCUCUGCAGCAACGCUCAAUCUCUCCUCAUCUAGCUCAGGGGUUACUGGUCUGUAGCUGGCGCCAUGAGUGGCCCCCAGGCUGUUCUCAGUGGCUCUCUAGUUCCCCCCACAGGCAGCUCUUCCUCUUCCCUCCCCAAAUCAUUUUUCUUCAUCCUGGGCUUUAGGCAUGAACAGGUCGGGUCCCCUGGUAGUGCUCAGGGCAGAAGCCGCUGGAGUCCUGCCGAGCCCUGCCCUCUUCAGUGUGCCAGGCCUGCCUGGGGAGGUGGACCAAAGACCCAGGACUUCCUCAGUAGCCAGUUCAAUCCCCCAGUUGUCUUUAUCGAUUCAGGUUGAGAGGGAAGAACAUUAGCUGUUUCUAGCACUUGACCUUCUCCAAAGUGUGACAGCGGCUGUGGUUUCCUGAGUUUAGAGACCACCUCUUUGUGGCAGUAAUGGGGGCUGGGGUCCAAAGGGAGACACAUUUAGACAGCUGCUCAAAAUCUGCCAGCCUAGUCCUCCUCUGAAGUAUGCCACUUAGGAAGAGUGAGUAAGACUCAACUGUCCAUCAGCAGGUUGACACCAGGAAGGAGGCUGGGGAAGGGAAUACUAGGAGAGCUUGUCACUUCCCUGCCUGCAGCCAAUUCUGUUAAGGGGGAGUCCUUACAUUUGGGGAGGGGCAUCUGCUCAGCACAUCUUGGCAGCAGGUCAGAACAUUGAACACACAAAAUGUGAAUGAAGUCUGGAUUCGCCUUUGGGACCGCAGGAUUAAAGUACCACCCACCACCUGUGACUUCUCCAUUUCCGGCUGUAAGUUCCAUUUUUUUUAAAUAGGAAUUUUCACCCCUGUGCUUGUCUAAUGUCUGCUCUGAACAGUUCGAGCCCCUGUUACUGUUUUAAAAUGCAUGCGUGUUAAAAUGAAUCUCCAACUGGAGGACAAAAUAAAACUCAAAAAGCUUUGUGUA